AUGUCUCCGCAGGAGUUCAGCGAGGCCUUCACACUCUCGUAUGUCGUGCACGGCCGAUUGACCGCGACGCCACGAUGCGCAAACAUACGAGUCGUAACAUCCGAUGAGAUGGGCUGCAACGAUUACUCCCUUGGACCUGAAUUUACCGGAUCGACGCCACCGGGGAAGCCAUCGUUACGCAUCCCUUCCGUCAUCUGGCGGCCACACCCUGCAGGCUGGAGAAUCCCGCAUCCGCUUUCGCGACGACUUGCCAUUUCACAGCGGUGUCGAAAGUGCGAGUUGUUCUCACCGAUUGCAUGGCGAGGAGUUUCUUCGAAAGAAGACGACAAACCAUGA